AAGCUAUUCAGUUCCCCACACUCUUUUGCGCCAACAAAAUGUUGCCUUUCCUUUUGAUUCUAGGAGUGGUAAAUACAGCUGUUGCAGAAUUUUUCCCCAAUUGCUUAGAUGGUCGCAUUGUGAAUGGUGUCAAUACCACCAUUCAAAAACAUCCUUAUCAGGUGUCAUUGCAAACCAAUGAUGGUAGGCAUUUCUGUGGUGGCUCCAUCAUCAGUGAGGACAUCAUUGUUACAGCCGCCCACUGUAUGCAACGCUAUUCCGCCAGUGAAUUCAAAGUGCGUCUGGGAUCUACAAACAACGAAGUCGGUGGUGAAUUAGUCUCUGUAAAGUCAUUUAGAAAUCAUGAGAAGUAUGACCGCGAUACCAAGGUAAACGAUGUAGCCCUUGUCAAAAUGGCCACCCCUGUAAGAGAAUCGUCCAAAGUGCGUUAUGUAAAAUUGGCAAAGAAAACUCCUGUCACAGGCACAACUGCCGUCGUCACUGGAUGGGGUACCACCUGUUUCCUUGCUUGUGAUGUUACCACGACUUUGCAGGAAGUGGAAGUUGACAUCAUUGACUACAAGACUUGUGCUUCCAGUGAGUACAGCUACGGGUCUCUAAUUCUGGAGACCAUGGUGUGUGCCUAUGCUGUGGAGAAGGAUGCCUGCCAAGGAGAUUCUGGUGGCCCAUUGGUAGUGGGAGACGAAUUAGUUGGUGUUGUGUCUUGGGGCCAUGGCUGCGCUGAACCUGGUUACCCAGGAGUCUACGCUGAUGUCGCUGCACUCCGCAAAUGGAUUGAAAAGGCCUCCAAAGAAAUGUAAAUUGUUACAAAGAAAAAUAUCAAAUAAAUAUUAAUAUUUUCGUAGAAAA